AUGAGGCAGGAGCCGUCAGCUGGACAGUGGACUGAAGGACUGAAUUCCACUUGGACCCUUUUCCUUUCCUUUCUCUACUGCAAACCGGAUGAUCCCGAUCGCUUCGACAGGGACCAUAUUUUUAAAGCCGUGGCCGAGGGAGAUCCUGAACAGCUCAACGGCCUGAGCGAUUAUCUGCAGAGAACGCGCACCUUUCUCUCCGACCCUGAAUAUACAGAUGGGAAGACAGGCAAGACCUGUUUGAUGAAGGCCCUGCUCAAUUUGAAAGACGGGCAGAAUCCCACCAUCCCUGCGCUCUUGAAGAUAGACGAGGAGACCAAGAACCCCAACCCUUUGGUCAACACCGCUUGCACUGACAGCUACUAUGAAGGCCAAACAGCCCUCCACAUCGCCAUCGAGAAGAGGAACUACAAAUUUGUGAAGCUCCUGGUGGAGAAUGGGGCUGAUGUCCAUGCCAAGGCUUCUGGUUUUUUGUUCCAGAAGGACCGAAAAGAGGCCCACUUUUAUUUCGGUGAACUUCCUCUCUCCUUGGCCGCUUGUACCAACCAGCCAGACGUGGUCAUGUGCCUCCUGGAUAACCAUCACAAGAAGGCCAAGCUGACCAAACAGGAUUCCAUGGGCAACACCGUCCUCCAUGCGCUGGUGAUGGUGGCCAACAACACGGAGAAGAACACUGAGCUCGUGGUCAACAUGUAUGACAGGAUCCUGAUGAAAGGGGCCGAGAUGGACCCUCCCUCCAAGUUGGAAGUGAUUAAAAAUGGGGAAAAGCUGACCCCUUUGACGCUGGCUGUCAAGACUGGGAAAGUCGAGAUUCUCAAGCACAUGCUCCAGCGAGACAUGAAGGAACGCAAGUUCCACCACCUUUCGCGCAAGCUCAUCGAGUGGACCUAUGGCCCCAUCCAGAGCUCCCUCUACGAUCUGACCUCCAUUGACAGCUGUGAGGAGAACUCAAUGCUGGAGACCCUGGCCUACAACAGUGAUGUUCCAAACCGGUACGAAAUGUUGGCCCUGGAGCCUUUGAACAAGCUACUUCAGCACAAGUGGGAAUCUUUCAUUAGAAAAAGAUUUCUCAUCAGUUUUUUCUUCCAUUUGAUUUUCAUGACAAUCUUCACAAUCAUUGCUUACAACUGGCCACCAAAGGAUGAGCCUCUUGUUCCAAUGACAAUGACCACCAAGGACUUAUUAAGACUUCUUGGAGCUGUGGUCAUUUUGAUUGGUGGCAUUUAUUUCUUCGUUGCUCAGGGCGUUCUCUUCUGGAGAAGACGCCACUCUCUGAAAGGUCUUCUAAUGGACAGCUGCUUCGACAUAUUGCUGUUUGUGCAGGCAUGCGCCAUCCUGGUCUCGUCCGUGAUGUUCUUUGCAAACACGGAAAAAUACGUGCUGCCUAUGGUGUUCGCUUUGCUUUUGGGCUGGAUGAACAUGCUCUACUACACCCGCGGUUGCCAGCAGACGGGAAUCUGCCUCGUGAUGAUACAGAAGGUCAUCUUGAAGGACCUUUGGCAUUUCCUGAUGCUUUAUGUGAUCCUCCUCGUGGGCUUUGCAACAGGUGAGUGUCAUGGCAAGGGGAGGCACAGGUGAGCACAGCCAAGUUAA